GGGGUUCAGGCCGGGUCAUGAGGAGCAGCUCGGCCGGGCUGCCCCUUCCUUCCCUCCCUCCCCUCCUCCUCUCCUCUCCCUCCGCCAGUGACGAGCCCCGCUGCCCCCUGUGCAGCCCACCUCUGCCUGUGCCUGUGCCUGUGCUGGCGGGCCCCUUGCCUGGCUGGGACUGGGACUGGGUUUGGGACUGGAAGGUAAUGGAGGCGGACGCAAACCAAGCCAACUCGGUGCUCAGUGCAGACUCCCAGCACGAUCCCUGCAAAAUGUUCGUCGGGGGAUUGAGUUGGCAGACCACGCAAGAAGGUCUGAAGGAGUAUUUCUGUAAAUUCGGAGACGUCAAGGAGUGUAUGGUGAUGAGAGAUCCAGUUACAAAGCGAUCCAGAGGAUUCGGAUUUGUUACCUUUGUUGACCAAACGGGAGUGGAUAAAGUUCUGGCACAGCCGAGGCAUGAACUAGAUUCUAAGACGAUCGAUCCGAAAGUGGCUUUCCCGCGUAGAGCACAGCCUAAGAUGGUGACCAGAACAAAGAAGAUCUUUGUGGGCGGAUUGUCUGUAAAUACCACGGUCGAGGAUGUCAAGCAAUAUUUUGACCAGUUUGGAAAGGUAGAUGACGCUAUGUUGAUGUUUGACAAGACAACCAAUCGGCAUCGAGGGUUUGGAUUUGUGACCUUCGAGAGCGAGGACAUCGUAGAGAAAGUCUGCGAGAUUCACUUCCACGAAAUCAACAACAAAAUGGGAGAGCAGCACAGUCAGCACUGCAGACCUCACAGUGGCCCCCCUCAGUGCUGCUCCAGGACUGGCCCACAGGAGCGAUCCCGCUGACGGCGUAUGGACCAAUGGCAGCGGCGGCGGCGGCCGCCGUGGUGCGCGGCACAGGUUCCACCCCGACCCGCACGGGUGGGUUCCUGGGGACCACAAGCCCCGCCCCCAUGGCGGAUCUGUACGGGACGGCCAAUCAGGACUCCGGAGUCAGCAGCUACAUCAGCGCCGCCAGCCCCGCCCCAAGCACUGGAUUCGGGCACAGUCUGGGGGGUCCUUUGAUCGCGACGGCAUUCACGAACGGUUACCACUGAAGCGGGGGGGGCCGAAAAAUCUGAAAAAGGAGGGUCCAGUCUACCAGCCAGAGGAGGGAGCUCAGAGCAUGUGGUUGGAUCUCAGAACUACUUCUUAAAGAUUUUUUUUUUUUUUACUGCACACACUGAUUUACUACCAUAACUCGACUCCAACCCCGGCAACCCGAGGAAAACAUCUCACCCCUUCACCUAACAUUUUAAAGUUUACGCUUCUUAUUUUUUCCUUU